AAGUGUUGUCUCAGUAAUACAGAAGGAAAAAAAUCGUUAAAAGCAAAAAAAAAAAAAAAUAAGAGCAAAGAUUCUCUGAACCGUCUGUUUUCAGACAUGGAGGUCGUGUCGAACUUCGAUUUCCAGUCUCCGCCGUUCUCUCACUCCACCGGCGAGAUCCUCAUUUCUCCGAAGGACGGAGGAAAAAUUGCCGACGCGCUUCCCGGAGGCGCGUGCGUGGACUCGUCGAGCUCCGCCGCGGUGAGGGUGCAGAAGGUUUACCGUAGCUACCGCACGCGCCGGAGGUUGGCGGACUCUGUGGUCGUGGCGGAGGAGCUAUGGUGGCAAGCUAUGGAUUAUGCGAGAUUAAAUCACAGUACGAUUUCCUUCUUCGAUUACUCCAAACCUGAGACUGCGGCUUCGAGGUGGAGUCGCGUGAGCCACAAUGCUUCCAAGGUGGGAAAGGGGCUGUCCAAAGACGACAAAGCACAGAAAUUAGCGUUUCAGCAUUGGAUUGAAGCUAUCGAUCCACGGCACCGUUAUGGGCAUAACCUGCAUUACUACUAUGAAGAAUGGUGCAAAACUGAUGCUGGUCAGCCGUUUUUCCACUGGUUGGAUGUAGGAGGAGGUAAAGACCUCGACCUUAAAGAAUGUCCGAGGCCGAAGCUCAGGCAACAAUGCAUUAAGUAUCUCAGUCCGCAAGAGAGGGAACAAUAUGAGUAUGUGAUUCUUGACGGGAAGAUUGUUCACAAAUCGACGGGAAAUUUCCUCGACACGAUGCAAGGAUCCGAAGGGACGAAGUGGAUAUUCGUUAUGAGCACUUUCAAGAAACUCUACGCCGGUCGGAAGAAGAAGGGUAGGUUCCAUCACUCUAGCUUCUUAGCAGGAGGAGCAACAUUAGCCGCCGGGCGGCUUGUCGCCGAGAAUGGAGUUCUCAAGACGAUAUCUGCAUACAGCGGACAUUACAGACCGUCGGAUGACAGCCUCGACACCUUCCUGUCUUUCCUCCGUGAAAACAAAGUGAACCUCGACGAAGUUGAGAUACACAAGGCGAGUGAAGAUUACGACAGCUCAGAUUACGUCAAACCCAACGGAGAAGACCCCGAACCCGAAACCGAGACCAAACCAUCACCAGACCAAACCGAUCAAACUAAUUCCGAACUGAAUAUUUACAGGAGAACCCUAUCGGGGGGGUUACAAAGCCCGAAAUCCGAGGUGCCGAGAAAGGCGAUACUAGAGAGGAUAAACUCGAAGAAACAGGUGAAAUCGUAUCAGUUGGGGCACCAGGUAACGCUGAAAUGGACGACGGGAGCUGGUCCGAGGAUCGGGUGCGCGGCGGAUUAUCCGGUCGAGCUAAGAACACAGGCGCUUGAGUUCGUGAACUUAUCGCCGAGGAACCGUAGCUCUGUCUCUCCGAUAGGGAAGUUCCAAUUUCUGAAUGUCUGAAUCAUUUACGUUUUCAUCUUUUUUGUUUUUCGUUUGUCUUGGUCGAUGAAUGAUCCGAUCUUUCUCCUCCUUGGAGAUGUGAACUUGUUUGUUUCUUAUAUUUACACAAAAAAUAAUCAUCUUUGACAAAUAUAAUUUUAACCAAA